AUGGACGACAAGCCAAAACAACACACAGAUAUUCGUAAAAGAACGCAACAACUCUCUGCGUGUUAUUCGAGUUAUUUUAAUCUUGGUGCUAAAACACUCAGUAGCAACUUAAAUAUUGGGGCAUUUGUUUUGGCGCAAAUUCUGGCCACUUAA